AUGGCAUUAGCGGAAUCUUUUCUACGGACCAUUCAUAAACUCGGGCUCUUGCCCAAAAUUAUCCGGGCGCUACCCAUAUUGUCUUUUUUUCUAGCCAUAGCUAGUUUUGGAUGGCUUCUCGUCUUGCCUAUGGACGGCCAAUACCGUAAUACAUACAUCUCGGAGAAUGCAUUGAUGCCAGGCCAAGUCAUUUCCUAUUUCCGUGAGAGCGAAUGGAAUAUUGUUCGGGGCUACAGAAUGGAGGUGACCAAAUGGAACUUUCAACAAGCUUCAGAGGCCAAUCCUCUUUUGGAAUCGUGGCUUGAAGACAGCGGCUUGAAAAUAUACCACCAUCAAGAUCCCAAAACAGAGUCCGAUACCAUGUAUGCUGUGAUGCAUGCGGCUCGUGGAGACAACACGGAGUCUCUUGCAUUGGUCGUCCCUUACUUUACUUCUGAUGGCCAAGCAAACAUUGGGGCCAUGUCCAUUGCUGCUGCUUUGGCCAGAUAUUUUACUCGAAUGUCCAUUUGGCAGAAGAACAUCAUUUUCGUUUUCCCACAUGAUGGCCACGCGGUGCUCAGAUCCUGGGUCGAGGCAUACCAUUCUUCGUUAGACGAUACGCCUGGAUCUAUAGAAGCAGCCAUAGUGAUGGAAUACGCCUCCGCCUUAGACAAUUUCAGUCACAUGGAGCUUUUCUACGAAGGUCUUAACGGACAGUUGCCCAAUUUAGACUUGAUCAAUACGGUCACGACCAUUGCUCGAAAUGAGCAAAUCAAGGUCAGCAUUCAAGGUGCAGCAGGAGACGAUCUCGACCGUAAUACAUACUUCACCAGGUUGCGCACUUUGCUUACAGGAAUAUUGAACCUUGCAAUCUCCGGCCUAAGCGAAACUGGGCCAGGAUGUGAAAGCUUCUCUGGCUGGCAAAUCCAGGCGAUUACCAUCAGGGCUGUGGGCGAAGGCGGACCCGACAUUACACAAUUUGGACGUAUUGUCGAUUCAACAUUCCGUGCGGUCAACAACCUACUUGAAAAAUUUCAUCAGUCCUUUUUCUUUUACCUCAUGCUUACGCCGCUCAAUUUUGUAUCUAUUGGAACAUACUUGCCUUCUGCUGCUCUUUUAGUGGCGUCGUUUGCUAUCAGUUCGAUUUACUGCUUAGCAACCGGUGUUUCCACUAAAGAUUAUAUCUCCGAGAUUGGACACGUCUUAACGACUUUCACUGGCAUCGAAUUUGCAUGCUUGGUUGCAAGCAUAGCCCUCACCAAAUUUGUGGUGGUACUCCCUGACUUUUUGUCGCCAUUACUCGUGUUCUUGUUUGCGGGCUCCAUUGUUUUAUCUUUAUGUCCAAGCAUUAGCAUCUUGCCACAUAGAAAACUUUCCAAGCCAAUGUCGUACCUGCUUUUAGCCUUUUCGUUGUACUUUAUUGCAAUGCUCAUCGUCAGCUUGCUCAUUGUGCAUUUUGCUUUGGCCUUGUGUCUUGGAGCCUGUGCGUUUCCAUUAUCAUUGAUUCCGGCUUUAAUUAAGCAAUCCGUGGACAAAAAGUCAUCUGCGUCUAAGAUCAACACAAAGAUUUCUCUUUGUCUUUUGGCUUCUUCCCCUGUAACAGCUAUCGUUGCGUUGGGCUAUACUCUUCUGAAUGGAAAGUAUGAAGGUGCGCUUUUUUUGAUCAAGGGCUUAUUGUCCGCAUGGAGAGAGAUGCAAUGCUGGACUUGGUUUGUUUUAUCUCUUGGUUGGUUUCCAGCGUGGAUCGCUAUUGUUGUGGCAUGUUCUCUUGGUCAGUUCUCGGACGCAGAGAAAACAAAGAAAGAGUAG